AACGAAAUGACACAAUUCUAAUUGCACAUCACUAAAUCAAAUACGAAAGAGUUGUUGUAUUUUAUUUUUUGGCCGGAUUUAAGUUAAAGAAAACUUGCAGUUAAAAUGCAAAAGAAGCCGCUGAACGCAAACUCGCUGCUGGAUAAACUGCAUCGGGGCGCUGUGUACGCCUGCAUCGGCGUCACACUCUACGGCACGUACAUGAUUGGCAUGCGUUAUUAUCACUAUUACACAGUGAUACGGCCGGAAAAGCAGCAGGCGGAACUGAAACUGUUGGACGAGGGCGCCCACGACAAGGCCAAGGAGCUGAAAUACUAAGCAUGUUGUUAACUAAUUUCUAAUUGUUUGUUAAGUGUUGAAUAAAUAAUGAAGAAAGCUA